AUGCUGCAGAUGACUUCUCACAAUGCGGGCGUAGUCGAGGCGGACGUUAGUUUCGAUCCCAGCGUAAUCCAUCCCGUUCAGAUGCGACGGAUAUUAGGGCACCUGGAAGCAGUUUCGUGUCGACUCUGUCUGGCCGCACCCACUGAUGUGGUCGACCAAGUCACCGCAAUUACCACGUCUGAUAUCACGGAAAUUCUGUCGUGGAACGAGGGAAUAUUGGCCUCUCCGCCGCUUGAUAGUAGUAGCAGCAUUGCCGGUCUCUUUGCCAAAUCAUGCGAAUUGCGACCUCAAGCCGAGGCGGUUUGUGCUUGGAAUGGAAGCCUAAGAUAUGCAGAGCUUGACUGUCUCUCCUCCCGGUUAUCACAACGACUUCGCGGCUUAGGGGUCGGUCGUGACAUGGUCGUUCCGGUAUGCUUUGAGAAGUCAAUGUACGUCGUCGUUGCCACCUUGGCGGUUAUCAAAGCAGGCGCCGCAUUCUGCUUGCUGGAUACAUCGCAUCCUGCAGCAAGGAUUCGAGGUCUUCUGCAGGAAGUGGGAGCAACAAUCAUCCUGGCCUCGAGUGACCUGGAGCCAAGGCUCCGAGGGUUGAUCCCAGGGGCCACCUUGGUGAUCGUUGAACAUGAGAUGCAUGGCAUAAGCUUUCCAGUAUCAGAGGAGGCAGCGUCUAGUGCCAUUCACCCCAGCGACUUAGCAUGUGUCAUCUUUACAUCUGGAAGCACGGGUAAGCCAAAGGGAAUUCUUCUUCAGCACCAGGCUAUUUGCACCAGCAUCCUCUCCCAUGGCCCGGCAAUAGGACUGAAUACGGCCUCGCGUGUAUUUCAGUUUGCCUCGCACGCAUUUGACAUGGCCGUAUAUGACAUUCUCACAACCCUUAUCCACGGGGGAUGCAUCUGCGUCCCCUCAGACAUGGAGCGAAUGAAUGAUCUGGCCGGUGCCAUCCAGCGAACAAAAGCAAACUGGGCCUUUCUCACGCCUUCCACACUCUCUCUGCUCCAUCCGGACCAGGUACCGAGCCUCCAGACCCUUGUUGUUGGCGGGGAAGACCUCCCGGAAACGAUCCGUCGGACAUGGGUAGAGCGAGUCCAUCUGUUUCAGUGCUCUGGUCCGGCAGAAACAACGACAUCCAUUGCUGGCCGGAUGCUGGCAACCACGGCACGGAACUGCAUUGGACGAGGCGUUGGCUCGCUCUGUUGGAUCGUUGAUCCAUCCAACCAUCAGCGUCUUCAGCCUAUUGGGGUUGUUGGUGAGCUGUUGAUUGAAGGCCCAACACUCGCUCGGGAAUACCUGCACGACCCGAUACAGACGGCAAGGGCCUUUAUUUCCCUACCAGAUUGGGCGAAAGAGGACGACUCUUUAUUCGCAGGAACAGGACCUGGCUCUUCUACACGCCGGGCGUUUAAGACGGGGGACUUGGUUCAGUACGCCCCAGAUGGCUCCCUUCUCUUCAUCGGACGCAAGGACAACCAGGUUAAAAUCCGCGGGCAGCGUCUAGAGCUGGCCGAGGUGGAGGCAGGUCUUCAUAGACUAUUGCCCGGUCUACAGGUGAUUGCCGAGACAAUUGCCCUCGACGAAGUAGACGAGCCCCGAAGAGUCUUGUGUGGCUUUGUUGCCCGGAGAGGAGAACGCUCGAGGAUGCAUGUCAGCUCGCAGGAACCGCCAACACUUGACUGGGUCCUACGAGAUGAUCUGCCCUCUAUGGAAGACAUUGAGCUUGCGCUGACGGAAACGCUGCCGUCGUAUAUGAUCCCCCAGCUUCUGAUUCCCAUUACCCACAUUCCGUUCAACCCGUCAGGCAAAGUUGCGCGCAACGAACUCAAACGACUCCAACCAGAGCUGUCUCGUAGCACUAUUGCAUCAUUAACAAACUCCCGGGCAGCCACACUGACGGUGGAUGACGCUUAUUCUGCGCCGAGUUUGGAGGUUCCACCGGCAACGCUGCAACUGCGGCGUCUGUGGGCACAUGUGCUCCGCGUUGAGGAACAGAGCAUCAAGGGUGAUGACCAUUUUCUACGUCUGGGGGGCGAUUCAAUUGCGGCAAUGAGGCUGGUGAGCAGGGCCCGACAGGCUGGAUGGGUGCUCACUGUCGCCGAUGUUUUUCAACGGCCACGGCUUGCCCAGAUGGCGGAGGCUCUUUGCGCAGCGAGAGUGUCCCAGGAACCGCUGGACUAUAAGCCGUUUUCUCUUCUAGGCAUGCAGGCAGAAGCAACGCGCACACUUGAAGACGUCUACACGGCGUUGGGCGUCUGCAGAGCCGAAGUAGAAGACAUCUACCCCUGUACACCGCUGCAAGAGGGUCUUAUGAGCAUGUCCCUAGAGACACCCGGCCAGUACGUGGCCCAGCAUGUCUUUGAACUUCUGCCCCAAGUAGACAUCGAGACGUUUAAAGCCGCCUGUGAGCAGGUCGUACAACGGCACGCUAUUCUGCGUACGCGCAUGGUGAUGCUCUCCUCGUCGCGGAUGGUCCAGGUUGUUCUGCGUCAGGACCCGAUUGUCUGGGCAGUUGAAGACGAUGUGACCAGCUAUCUGCUCGGUGAUCGGUCCAGGCCCAUCGGACUGAACCAGUCUCUCUCGCGAUGGGCUCUGCUGAGCUCUGAUCGUCGGACGUUCGUCUGGACACAGCAUCACGCAUCCUACGAUGGAACGUCUUUGCCAUUGCUCUGCAUGCAUAUCCGGACCACCUACAACAGGAUAAUGGGAAUUACACCGGAUUCUACCAAAGAAGAAGCAGAUGAUGAUGAUGACGUUCCCCCUGAUGUGCCGUACGCCCACUUCAUCCACCAUCUCGUGCACUCGGACUCCGAAGCACAAUCCCGAUCCUGGCAGGAGUAUCUGGAGGGCGGCACUCGAACGGCAUUUCCUCGAGGGAUUCCUCCAGGCUAUCGUCCCCGACCCAAUUCGACCGUCUCCCAUGUGGCCUUCAUGGGCCAGAAGAGGUCGUCUACCAUCACUCUACCCACCUUGCUGCGCGCGGCAUGGGCAGUGGUGCUGAAGGCCCAUGCAGAUUCAGCGGACGUAAUCUUCGACAUGGCCGUUUCAGGACGAAGCGUCGCGGUGGCACAUAUCGAGGCUGUGACGGGGCCAACACUCGCGACUGUCCCGGUGCGCAUUGCUGUCGACCCUAUGCAGAGAUCGGUGGAGGCUUUCCUUUCUGCGGUGCAGGCCGACGCGGUGGCAAUGACGGCACACGAGCACUUUGGCCUGCGCAACAUCCAGAAGAUCAAUCCGGCCGCUCGGGCUCUCUGUUCCAGUCUAACACUGCUGGUGAUCCAGCCCGAAGAGCAACCAGAUGCUGAUCCAACCAGUGCCAUUUGGCAGCCUGUCAGGGUUGAAGGUCUGGAGACAUUCCACAGCCAUGCCCUCACGAUUAUCUGCACGAUCCUCCGGACGGGCACCACCAACGAGGUCCUGCUGGAAGCUUUCUUUGAUAGCACUGUGCUAAAGGAAGCCGAUACCCAGUGCCUCCUCGGCCACUUGGCGGUUGCGCUGGAAGAAUUGAACGCAAAGGCUGCCGAGAAGAUUGAAGAUAUCGACAUUACCAGCAGUCAGGAUCGGCAGCGGAUUUGGGAAAUGAAUUCCUUCGUUCCUCCCGCUGUGACAAUGCGCAUUCACGACCUCAUCCACUGGCAUAUGCUUACCAGGCCGCAUGCACAGGCCGUGGAGGCAUGGGAUGGUAGUCUCAGCUAUGGCGAACUGGACGUGCUCUCCACCAAGCUGGCUAACCAUCUCGUCGGUCUUGGAGUCUUACCCGGCAGCGUCGUCCCCAUCCUGACUGAAAAGUCCUUCUGGACGCCUGUCGCCGUCCUAGCAGUCCUGAGGGCCGGUUCUGCUUUUUUCCUGCUUGAUGUCUCACAUUCAGAGAGCCGAGCCCGCCAGUUCAUACACGCGGUCGUAAAGCCGACUGUGAUUAUUGCUUCUGAGACUCAACGUCAUCUGGCCGACAGCAUGCAAAUUCCGGUCGUCGAGCUACGGUCUGGGAGUGUAUCCUCAUGGUCAACGAAUCCAACGUGUGACUGGAAAUCGGUGGAUUCAUCGCCAGACUCCCUGGCGUACGUGAUCUUAACAUCAGGCUCGACAGGAGCGCCCAAGGCAGUCUGCAUCCAGCAUAAGGCGUACUGUUCCGGAGCAGCAGGGCACAUUGCUUCCACUGGAUUGACCUCGUCGUCGAGGGUCUUGCAAUUUGCCUCGUAUUCGUUCGACGACUCCAUCAAAGACAUCUUAUCCACUCUUAUGGUCGGUGCUUGCAUCUGCAUCCCCAGCGAGACGGAUCGCACGGGCAAUCUUGCCCAAGCCAUGGCUGCGCUGCGCGUUAACUGGGCCCAUCUAACGCCGACCUUUGCUCGCUCGCUCGAUCCGAGAUCCAUGCCUCACACGUUCAAGACCUUGCUCCUCGGGGGAGAGCCCAUGGGUGCCCGGGAUGUGCUGCAAUGGUCACCGCAUGUUCGCCUCCUCAAUGCGUACGGCCCCAGCGAGCUAUGCGUGACGUGCAGUGUUAACCCAUCCCCGACGCCUGAUGAUCCUACCAACAUCGGAAGGCCGGUGGGCAGCGUGGCAUGGGUCUGCGAUCCUGGCAAUCCUCACCGGCUGGCCCCCUACGGGACGGUGGGAGAACUGCUCAUCGAAGGACCGCUGCAGUGCUCUGGAUAUCUCCAUGAUGCUGCCAGUACUGCGGCAGCUUUUGUGACCAAUCCGGACUUCCUGGCCUCUCGGCGGCAGGGGGACACGCAAUUGUACCGUACAGGGGAUCUGGUGCGUUACGCCCAUGAUGGAUCUCUCAUUUACCUGGGUCGUAGAGACUCGCAGGUUAAGAUCCGAGGCCAGCGUGUAGAGCUAGGAGAGAUUGAAUUCCAAGUCAAUUGCCGGUUGGUGCAUCCCUGGCAGGCAGCGGUCGAGCUCAUCACCACGGAUCAAGCCUCCUUCCUCGUUGCCUUCCUUCAUCGACCGGUUCCAGAUAAUUCCAGUUCUGGCCAACAGAAAUCCUCAAUCGACAUCCCCUCUCGCGUGCUGCAGGAGAUGGUUGCAGACCUUGACGCACGGCUCGCGCGGAGGAUCCCACACUACAUGAAACCGUCGUUCUACCUGCCUCUGAGCCAUCUCCCCAGAACACGCACUGGCAAGACAGAUCGACGGUGUCUGCGAGAGUUGGCCGCUUCUCUGUCGGUGGAUGAGCGGGCAGUCUAUGCCCCUGCAGAGGCGCCACAGGUAUCCUCGUCACGACGGCCCCUUGUGACAGACGUGGAGAAAUCGGUCGGAUUGAUCUGGACUCAGGUCCUAAACCGGAAUACUCUAUCCAUAUCCAACAUUACCACUGCCACCUCGUUCUUCGCGAUCGGAGGCGACUCCAUCUCUGCAAUUGAAGUCCUUACUCGCCUCCGCCGUGAAGGGAUUGAGCUUUCUCUUCGCGAGGUCCUGCAACGUCCGACUGUGCAGGAGCUUUGCGCCUAUAUUGAAGUCCUCCAACAAGAACCCGAUCCUGUUUCCUCUAACCCUAGCACUGUCGAGAGCUCGCAAGGAGCUUGCAGCAACUAUUCGAACUGCGAAGAUUCGGCCAACUCGUCGUCAGGCAUGUCCUCGCUGGCCAUUGUCGAGAAGCCGCAGCCAUUCUUCCCCCUAUCUCCCAUUCAACGCUUCUUCUUCUCGAUGAAUCCCGAAGGCAACGACGCUGAACAGCUGAGCCUGGCCGUGACUCUCCCGCAGAUUGAGUGCCAUUGCCUAGCUAGUGCCCUAGAGUCUCUAGUAAAGAUCCAUGACGCAUUUCGCCUUCGCUUUAUCCGGGACGACGCUGGCCAGUGGAGACAAUUUGUACUGGACGUGAGCACGCCCGUUUCUCGGUCCAUCCAUGUCGAGGAAUAUUCCUUCCCAGAAGGCGUUCAGGAUCUGUCGGCGAUUGCGACGGAAAUGCGCGAUCGCAUCAAUAUUACACAUGGCCCAAUGCUGGCCAUGGCAUUGAUCCAACACGGAUCCGAGCAACAACUGUUCCUGACUGCACACCAUCUCGCAGUCGACCUGGUCUCUUGGAGGAUCAUCUUGCGUGAUUUGGAUGAGCUCCUGGCAUCGGAUGCGUCGACGGCAAAUCUCAGCCGCAGUCUGUCGUACAUGGACUGGUGCACAGUGCAGGCGGAUCUCAUUUGCUGCGACGACAAGGUCAAUGACAACUUGAUGGGAAACGUGGACAUCGACACUGCCUACUGGGGCGGCCUGUCAUGCCCCAUACCUCUCACGCCGUACAUUACACGCCGAAUUGAAUUGACGCCGAUGGCAUCGCAGACGUUGACCGACGGCUGCCAUGCUGGCCUGGGCGUGCGUCCCCAUGAAGUCUUCCAGGCGGCCCUGCUGUACAGCUUCCAGCAAAUCUUUCCGGACAGGUCUAUUCCAGCCGUUUUCAGCUCCUCACAUGGAAGACAUUUGGUUGAUAAGGCAGACCUCUCGCACACGGUCGAUUGGUGCACCGUCUUCUACCCAAUCCAGGUCAAAGCCAAAGCCCAAUCCACCAGCCUGCAGGGGAUGAUUCGUGCUGUUCAUGACGAGCAUCGAGCCUGGGAGCAUCGAGCCUGGAGGUGGUUUGCCUCUCGCGUCUCUCAUCCUGCCGACUUGGUGGAGUAUGGCUUGGGCGAGAUCGCCUUCAACUAUACCGGGCAGUAUCAGUCGUUCGAAAGGGGCCCGACUCCUCACGGACGUUUUCGUCUGACUAGCUGGAACCCACAGCAAGGUGCUACUUUGAUUGACCAGUCUUCUACCCGCCGGCGCACUGCGCUCUUCGAGGUAAUCGUGGGAUGCUUCGAGGGCCAAGUGAGCGCGACGGUUUCCUACAGCCCGCAUCUGGCCCACCAGAAGCGCAUUGAACGGUGGAUUGAUGAGUUUGGAAAAUCGUGUGAACAGAGUGCCAUGCUGUUUUGA